AUGUCGGAGUACGUUGGCUUGCUCAUGGAUACUGCCGGCAAAGACCUCUGGGAGGUCUACCGGAACCACCCAUAUUUGGCUGUCCACCCUUGGCAAGAGCUCCAGUCAAUCCUGGGGGCUUUCUUGAAGCCGGCUACCAAUGCUACUUUGUAUGCCUCGGUUAUUGCUGGCACCGGAGUGCAGUACGAGAAUUUCCUAGGGGCUAUUGCCACAGCUGACUCUCACAUCCACGACCUUCGUGCCAUCCUGAAUGGUAGUGGGCUAGGUAAAUUCGAUGGCCUACCCACGUGCUCCACUUGGUUUCCUGAUGCUCGGGGCAAACCCUUGCAGAUCCCCAGGAACCAGAACCAGAACCCAGAUAGGGUCCGUGGAGGAGAUCCAACCCCACAGAAGCGGCAGAAGACUGCCGACCCGGGAGACAACGAUCGCAAGAAGUUGUUGGGAAUGCUUACGUUUGAUACGGCUAUUGCUGGGACCAACCGACUACCUAUGGUGACUGCCCGUGCAAAGAAACGUGGGUCUAGAACCCCUGAGCGCCUAUGCAUGAAGUUUCUUACAAAAGGGUAUUUCUGUGGAGGUGGACCCGAGUGCAAGAUGCCUCACAUCAUCAAUCUUGACCAGCUCAAUCCAGACAACCAGAAAAAGCUUGUUGACUUUGUGAAAAACCAGCCCGGUCUGGGCUGGGCAGAAGGGAAGGCGCCUGCUGGUGAGACCUAG